UCUUUCUCUGCCGCCUGUGUGUGGUUCCGGAAGACGUGGCGGCUGCUGCUGCUGCAUUUGCAGUGUAGUCAUCUAAUUUGCCAGAUACACCGAGAACUUCUAGCUGUGUACAAGACAUUGACGUUAAAGCCUCAAAGAUGAUAUCGUUAACGGAUUCACAGAAAAUAGGCAUUGGCCUGACAGGAUUUGGAGUGUUUUUCUUGUUCUUCGGAAUGAUCCUGUUUUUUGACAAAGCCCUCUUAGCCAUCGGAAAUAUUCUUUUUGUGGUAGGCCUGGCGUUUGUCAUUGGUCUCGAGAGGACGUUCAGGUUCUUCUUUCAGAAGCACAAGAUGAAGGCCACCAGUUUCUUCCUUGGUGGUGUGUUUAUUGUUCUGAUUGGCUGGCCCAUUGUCGGGGUUUGCCUGGAGUUCUAUGGCUUCUUCCUUCUUUUCAGGGGCUUUUUCCCAGUGGUCAUUGGCUUCAUCAGGAGGAUACCUGUGCUGGGCUCUCUGCUCAACCUCCCCUUCAUCAGUGGGUAUGUGGACAAAUUGGGUGAAAGCAACAAUAUGGUGUAGUAACUACAGACUGCUUGAGCUGACACUAUUUAUGACAGAAACCAAAAGCAAUUUUAUGUAUUUAAGUCCCUGGUCGACUGGUCAAAUCAAACUCCAAAGGUCAUGCAAUGAAGCCUGCUUCAUUCUCAGACUGUUUCAAGCCUGUCGUGGAGGCAACAUGUGAAAGAGUAAACAUUUAUCCCCCUCACACCACAUGCCCUGCCUUGGUAACCAAUGGCCACCAAAGUCUGUUACCUACGGGUGGGUGGGGCUUCCUCUAUCACUCAGUCAUGCCCUCCACCCAUAUCCCCUUCUGCCAUUGGUCACUGUUGAUGAUGGACUCCAGCCACCACUUCCUUGCCACUCCCCCUCUGUGCAGAGGGAUCUCUUGAAUGUACCA